UUUUCCGCGGUGAAUUGUGGGUAAAUUUGAACGCCAUGUUUGUUUUCUGUUAAAAGUGGAAUGUUUAGAGAGAGUGCCAAAAUAGUGCUUAUACUUUCGACUUCUUUAUAUCGAGAGCUUGACAGUUUCUUCAACUAAUGAUCAAGAAAAUAUAAGUUUGCAUUUUAUAAUCAAAAAACAUCUUUUUGUCUUGGAACGUAAACAGACCGUCAGCUAGCUUCAAGAGAAUACUGUCAAGGCCAUAUAGUGAAAAAAGACCAGCUGGCGAAAAUAUGGCAGUUGUGAUAGAUUUUAACCUUUGAUUAUGGUUAUACAGCUGUCCAAAUCCGUUUCAAAGCUUAUCUACAUUCAUUAACCCAUUAAUAAACUGGAAAAUAUGUAACAAACCAUGGCCAGGUAGUUCAUGUUUCAACAGUUUUGGACUGUUUUGUUUCUUAUGAAGAUUUGAUUAUAAAUUGCUGAAAUAUAAUUAUGAGUACAUGACUGUGGCUAAAUAAAUGAGCGAGGGUUAUCCUCUGGGAUAAGUGCCACGCCAUUUGUCUCUGCGUGGUAUGUUUGAUUGCAGUCCAAUGAUUGACUAGUGGUUGAAUCCGAGUGUUUGUGUUGUGAAAAUACUGAUCACUUUGUGCAAGUGCCUUAAAUGUUGGAACUUUCUAUGAAAUUGUUAGAAGUGCAUCUGAAAAAGAAACAGUCUUCUGAAUUGUGGAUACAGAUUACGUUUAAGAAAAAUUUCCACAGACCUUCAUCAUCAUCAUCAUGAUGUGAUGGCAGCACAUAACGCUCCCAAGCACGACUUUGCACCAGCCUGGCUCAAGAUUCCGUCACAAGAGAAUCCCAAGCCAGCAGGGCCUAAAACGAUAGAGAAUGAUAAAUCUGCAAGAACACGUCCUAACUAUUACAACAGACAUCAAAGCUACGCAGAACUUCAUAGACAAAACUCAUUCGAAAACUAUUAUGAUGGUAAAAGACGAGGCCCUCCUAGACACCACUCAGUAGAUGAUGAUUUUUACCCCUACCCUCCCUAUGGUCACUAUGGCUAUUACAAUGGCUAUGGCAUGCACUACAACUCCAAUCCAUCCAUCUUCAGACCUCCCCCAAACAGAGAGGCCAAAUAUCCCCAGCACCCCAAUAUGCGUUAUAGCCAGAUGAAUGGUGCCUAUCCAGGAUACUAUGAUCUAUAUGCUGGUCCAUUUGAUUACUAUGGAGAGCAGCCAUUCUUUAGUAGUUAUCCCAGCAACAGAAACUCCAAGAAAAGUCAUUACGAGAAGGAAGGAAGAUCAAAUUCUAAGGAAGGAAAAGACAAAGAUGCUAAUGAGAAAUCUAAGACCAAGGAUGAUGAGGAUGGAGAAAAGCCCUCAUUUCAAGAGGAUUUUCCUUCACUCAAUGGAGAUGAAAACAAUGAAAAAACCAACAAGAUAGCAAAUGGUGGAAGUGUUUGGGAACAUCCUCCUCAUGGGAAAAAUAAUACUUCAAAAUUUGGAGAUCGUGGACCAUCAUCCAACAUUUAUAAAUCACUUGUGCCAAAUAAGCUCCAGGGUUCUGUGAAUAGGAAACCAAAGGAGAAUGUCCGCUUUAAUGGAGGAUUUGCAAGUAGCAGCAAACCACUAACACCACCCGGAGUGACCCCGAGUAAAGAGGGAUCACGACAGUCUCCCACUCCACCCAUGGAGAUCCUGAACACACGGCUUGUCACUCAGCCAAGGAAUCUUGGGGACAAGAAAAGUGAAUUUCUUAGGGCUCUGCGACGAGAAAAUUCAGGGUAUUCACCAGAAGAUACACAAAGAACUGGAGGAAAGGGUGAGGGUUUGGAUACAGUCACGAAUGGCAUCAGUGACCUGGGAAUGGAUGACAACCAAGAGGGCCUUCUAUCAAGUUCUUUGGAAGCUGAACAAAGGUUGCUGAAGGAAAUGGGAUGGACUGAAAGUGAUGAAGAGGAGUAUGUGAUCACGGAAGAUGAGAAAAAAGAGUUCCAAGACAGAUGCUCUAAACAGACCACAAUUCAAAAAAAUAAUGGCAGGUUGCAGAAAGCUCUCAGCCCAAAACAUGUUCCAAUUUAUCAGCCCAAUGUUCUGGAACUUAAUGACACUAUAUCCUCAUCCGAUUCCGACACUGACGACAACGCAUGAUAAGGGAGCCUUCCACUUCAUCCUCAUCACACAUAUCUUGUGCCACAAGUCAUGCACUGGGUGCAUUGUCUACCCAACUGUCUCUGCUAGUCCAGUGAAUUUUCUUCUCGUGAAGGAUUUAUUUCUGUAGAUAAAACUAAAACAAGCACUUUUUGCUGUUAUGGCAAUGUCAUUAAUCAUUGAUAUAUGAUAAACAUAUUUAGGAGGAGUGAAUUUGUACAAGAUUUAUUCCUUGAUUUUGACAAAUAUAUAAGCAUGUGGAAAUUAGUAAUGUCUUGUUUGAUUUGGUGGGGUUUAUUGAGCUCAGAUGUACAUGGAACAGAUAAAUAAUGGAUAGAUUUCAGGAGCAUAUCAUAUAUGAUUAAAUCUGAUUUUUGGAUUUAGAAUUUUACAUGCUAUUUUUCUACCCUUAGCUCAUUCUUUUGGAAUGUGGAAUAAUUUUGGAAUAUAGUUGAGUAUUUUGGCUUUGAUAAAACACAUUUUCAAAUUAUUUUUAAAAUCUUGCCUACACAUCAAAAUGUAAAUAUAUUUAUAUACAUGUAUCUUGAAUUUUCCUUCUUUUUUUUUCAAUUUUCACAUGUAUUAUUUUGUACACAUUGAGAGGGAAUCUUGUAGAAUUUCAGGCAUUUUGAAAUAGCAUCUAAGUCAAACUAUAUCAUUAUCACUUUGCUCAAAUACAUAUAAAGCACAUUGAUUAUAACUUUGCAUGAAUUAUUGCCAGGCAUGAUUGAUAUCAGCUUUAAGAAGUACUGAAAACAUAGUCAUAACGUGCUCAAAUUUCCAUGUUGAACUUAAUUUUGCAUGAUGCAAAAUUUGAACGGUUUCUGGUGUAUUGAAUUGUUUGAAUUGAAUCUUGUUUUGAGAAAUGGUUAAGAUUUAUCCUACAUAGUGUAUUUUAAUUAUGUUUGUAUUUUAUGAUGUGAUGGAAUAAUCUGUAGGUUUUCAAUACUGGGUAAUUAAGAAAAAAAUUGUAUAUUUUUGUUUUUGGUCCAAAAAAAAUUAAUGCCAUAAUGGGGAAAAAAUUCCUUUAUAAUGCAUGCUAUUAUAUUUUAUAGUUCCGUAUAAAUGUUCCCUGUUCAUAAUUUCUACUGCCCUAAUGAGAGAGUUGUGUAAAACUUGGUGUUACAUAAACGUGAACUGGUGAUGUUACAGAUUCUAAUAUCAGUAAUUAGGGAAUUAUCAUACGGUUAUAGGUGUUGUACCUUACUUGAUUUGCUAGAAGAUGCGUGUACCAUGCUGAUAUUGCAAUCAACAUAUACCAUACAAUACAGAACUUGAAAUUUUUUUACAAGAAUUGGUAUUUGGAGACCAAAAUUGAAAAAUGAUCCACGAAAGACAUGUUAGAGGUUUUGACCUAUGCCUUGAUAAAUAGAGUUUUAGGGCAGAGCCAUAUUUCUUUUUGUGGCAAUAUUUUUUUCUGAUUUGUUAAUGUCAAGUGAUUGUGAAGAGUUUAGUCCUUGUUAGUUCAGCAUAUCUGAUUGUUAAAGUUAUGAAUGAAAGAUUAUUUUUGUAGCAAAACAUUGUUUGAAGGAGUAGUAAAAUAACUGUUAUCCAUUUUAUUGAAAUGACCAAGGCCCGACAGUAUUUUGUAGAACUUGGUGGGUUUUUUAUAUAUGACAGAAAUCUUAGAAGUACAGUAUUAAUGUAUAAACAUAUAUUUUUGUCACUGAAAUGUUCGUUUAGCUUGCUGGAUGAAUGCAAUAUUUUAUCAACUUAAAGUAGCAGCCCACCUAAGAAAUCAUGCAAUAUUGAAUAAACUAUUUAUCAUAAAAGUGCCCACAAAUUAUUUUUUUAAUAUUUUAUAGUACUAUUGAUAUACAUCACAAUAAUCAUAGUUAUUGAUAAACUGUUGGCACAGGAAUGAUAAUUGACAGAAAGUUUCUGAAAGUAUAUAGUUAUCUGUCCUUUAUUUAAAAAAUAAAAAGAAAUUGACAACUUUUAAGAGCUAUCUUGCUUGCACAAUAGCCAUACUACAAACCAGUUAAAUUUUUGGUACUUGAGGAACAAAAUGUUAGGGAAAACAUUAAUAUAUUAUCUUUUCAUUGGUAAAUUACAUCUACAUGAUGAUACUUACUUGGACUGCUACUUAAAACAGUUCUUUCAUUUGCAAGAAAAUGGCAGCAGUAUAUGAUUUUUUUUAAAAACCAAACACCCAUAAAUCAUUACACAUUACUCUUGAAAUAUAUUUGAAUGCACACAUUUUAUUUAUUCAAAGACUAAAUGAAAUAUAUCUCAGUCUCUCAGUGAACCAUUAUAUAAGGCAAUUAUUUUAUUAAUGGUGUAUUUUCUUGGAUUCUGUCUGGUAAACGCAACAUGUAAAGCUUGAGAUUUGGUGGUGCAUCAAUGACAGUUCUAUAAAAUGUAUGCAUGUAUUGUACACAACCUUAUGCUGAGUUUUGACAUACAGAAGUACUGUGUUAUCUUCGCUCUGUGGAAGCACAAACUUGUAGUAUACAUCACAUAUUUCACAGACCUCACUUUUGUAGCCAUGUUAUUUUUGUACCACGUAGUUAUUGUGAAGUUUUAAAUUGGAACAUGACCUCACUGAUAAGGGUAUGUAAAUUGAACUAUGCAAGGAUAGUGAUAGGGCAUGAUGACGGAGCCUUUGUUGAAAUUGGAGAGUCUUUGUCACAAAAUGAAAACUUUGAAAGUUAUUAAUGAUGCUACUGUUUAGUAAGCUCCACAAUAUAAUAUAAAGGGCAGACAUAAGCUGUGCUAAUGUUUUGCUGUAAUGUCUUGUUCAAAGUUUACUUCAAAAACGUUUUCAUCAAUUUUAGUUUUCUUCCCUUCAUGGGUUUGAUGAUUAGGUGAAAAUCCCUUAAUUUACCACAAGAGAUGGUUUAUAUUUUUCUUUUAUUUUUUAUGAUAUACAUAUUCUUAUCAGAAAUUCAGGUACAAUUGUAUAACCAAUGGAAAUUUACUGAUCUCCUCUAUUAAUUUACAAAUACUGCUGCCGUGAUGUUUAAUUUUUUCCUCCUGUCUGUCCACCUCUGAAUAGGAACAAUUAUAUAUGAACCAGUACAUGUAUUUUAAAAGUUUUUAUUGUGAUAAAAUAAUUGACAUGUAAAAACAUAACCACUUCAUGAAUCUACAUUGCCAAUUUGUUUUACCCAUUACAAAUAAUGCCAAUUUGUUUUACCCAUUACAUAUAAUUUAAGCACUUGGCACAUUUUCCCAAACAAUUAUGUUGACACAAGAUGACUAAUACAGACAGUGGACUGGAGCACAAAACUUACAUGUACAUGGGCUAUGAUAAGUGGUCCAACAGAUCUGAUGCUAUAAAUCACAUUAUGCAGUUUUGUUUCUAUUUCUGUGGGUUUUUUUUAAAACAACAUGUUUUUGAUAAGUUCAACAUUCUAUCAGUGUGGUACGGAGGUUGAGUUUGUAUCUUAUGACCGUUGGUUGAUGGUUGGGUUUGAUUGGUUCCCUUCAUUUUUAAUUUUUGUAGCAAUAGGUUCGAGUCCUGUUUAUAAUCAGGUAAAUAAGACUUUUCUAAGGAUAUCCCCUGGUGAACAGAGGGCCAUAUUUUUUUUUUUCUUGAUUACCAAUCAGAAGAAAAUUUGUACAUCUAGUUUAAAGAUGUUUAUACAGGUUUUAUUUUUGCUUCACUGCAGCUAUUUCAUAUGGAAAUAAAAGACUGCAAUUUG